AGGCUGUCUAUUUCUUUCCCUAAUCUCAUUAAAUAGCUUCCAGAUAAAACCCCCCGAUUUCUCUCAUCCCUCUCUCAAUUUUUCUCCACGCCGAUCUUUCUCCCGUUCUUCUUGUUUUUUUUUUCCUCCUAAAAAUCCCGGGAGAUCUCGGUUGAGGAGUUCGGUUUUUGAUAUAUAGGAGAUUGAUUCAAAGGAAGCAUGGAGACUCUUCCUCUCAUCGACGUCUCCUCGGAGGACGAUCUCCUCAUCUCAGCGUCUUCCAAUGCCGUUCCAGAUCCACCCUCCCGAGGCCUUUCAGAAAAUCAUAAUGAAAAUAUGAUUGUCAGUGCUGAGGAAGGGGAGGGUCCGGUGAAAAUGAGCAAGAAAUUGGAACAAGUCCUUGAAUUAUCAGAGUCUCCAGAGCAACAGCGAGUAAACUCUCGCAAGUACAACUUGCGCAAAAGUUUAGCCUGGGAUAAUGCAUUUUUUACAAGUGAAGGUGUUCUCAACCCUGAAGAGUUGGCUAUUGUAAAUAGCACUUUUGGGAAGGCUGAAGAAUCUUCAUUACCUGGAAUUCCGGAAGAUAUUAGGAAGUCCACAGAGUCAACAUCUACCUUAGAUAGUGAUACCUUGGCAUUAGAAAACCUUGAAGUAGAAUUGUUUGAAAAUGUACGGGCUUCCAUUCAGAAAUCUCUUGGAAAAUAUGAGAAUGCUUCAAAUGUGGUAGACUCCUGCAAGACAAAAGAACAUGGGGAGCUCAAUGCACCAUUCCUUGGUUCAUCAAAUACAGUUGAAUUAUUAUCUCAGAACAAGAAGAAGCCUCCUAUUGGGAUGAAAAGGCAUGUUGUCACCAAGAAACUUUCAGACCAUACUUCUGAGUGCCCACGUAGCAUGAAAGGGGCUACAAAUAAAAGUGCAGACUCAAAACCAUCAUUAAAGCCACCAAGAGUUGUAUCUCGAACAACUUUGCCAACGGCGCCAAACAAGUCAGGUUUUGGUCCUGGGAACAUCCAACCAAGGAGUAGCAUUGGGAAACCUUUUCCUGGCAAUUUAAUUAAUCGGCAAUCUAUUAUAGUUCCUAAAAAGAUAAAUGGAGACUCAUCCAUUGUCACUUCUAAUUCUGUUCGAUCACCAAGAGCUAUUUAUGGUUCACCCUUAGUCUAUCCCUUAUCAACUUCUUGUUCAUCGCAUAGUGGUUCUGUUAGUAGUUCAUCUGAUUCAACAGGUAAAUCUCCUUCAAAGACUACAAGGAAAAGAGUUGCUUCUAGAAUUACAAAUCAUUCUCCACCGGGGUCAACCACUAAGAAAACCCCUGUGAAAGCAUCCAAAAUUAAAACCAUGUCCAGCAAUGCAAGUAAUCCCCCAAUACAUCCAAAAUCUACAUUCAAGUUCUCAGCAAACAUGUCUCCAAAUAGUUCGCUAGACAGCGUGGCUUCAGAGUCAUCUUCAUCAGCCUCCAUUACUGCAAAGCCCGGUAUUUUGAGGGAUAGCCUUGACACUGGAUCUUUGUCAUUCUCCCCUGCCUUGGCAGGUCCUGAGAGUAUCAUCGUUCAUUCAUCAGGUUUACGGAAACUAUCCGCUGGUCAUCCAUACGUCGGAAGUGAAAAUUCUGCAACCAUUUCUCAUAGUCAGUGUAUCAGCAAAGGUUCUUCAGAAAUUCGUGUAAUUUCUGAACCAUCGAUUGGGGAGAACUCUAAAAGAUGUACUAAUAAUAGCUCUGGUACUAAAAGCAUAAAACCAUCAGGACUUCGAAAGCCAACACCCAAGAUUGGAUAUUUUGAUGCGGAGAAGUCCCUUGGGCGCAAUGUUGAAACAUUUUCCCAGCCUGGCAAGUUACGGAACAUAAUUAGAAGUACUGGAAACAGGAACCCUGUCGGGGUAAACAAACCGAAACCCAGUAAGCUUCAAUUAAUAAGACCUGCAGCGAAGAAUGCGUCCACAAAGUGUGAUCCUCCACGCAUCCAAUUGACAGGUCCGUCUUCUACUCAUAACAUGAAACCUGCAUCGCCUACAUAUCUGCAACAACUGUCAGAACCUUCUGAAUUAGGUGGCACUAUUAGGAUGACAGAAAAUCAUUACUCGUGCUCUGAUGUUAGCAAGGUUUUGCCUCCUUGUUUGAGUGAAGAAAGCCAUUCCAAGGUUUCAAAAGUAGCAAAUGGAGUGGUUGAUACAGAUGAAUUUGGUCAGUUUUCUAACCCGAGCUCUGGAGGGCAAACCUGUCAGGAACAUUCAGAGUUUGUAACUGCAUUUCCAAUUGAAAAUGAAUCUAUGAUGUCUAAUGGUAAAUAUGGUGAUUGUAUCGGCAAAGUGAAGACAUAUGAGCAACCAUCCUGUGGGUACAUAAAGCAGAGCCAUAUGGAAAGUGACUUGCAUUCAGUUACCAGAAGCAUUGAGAAGGAGAAUUUGUUUCCUGCUGAUGAAACUGAUGGCAGGAGCAAAGAUUUGCUGGCUAAGAAUUUGAUGCUGCCAAUGGUAGAAAGCAUAGAGGAAAAGGUAUCCUCCCUCUCUCUUUCCUGAACAAAGUACUUGACUGUUGGCAGGGAUCUGGAAUUUCUAUUUGGCUAUGCCAUUGCUUUGGAACAGAACUUUCAUGCUCUACAAAGUUCAUGAAGGUGAGUUCCCUUUCUGUUUAUCCAAGUCCACAGCAUCCCAUAUUGAACACAAAAAUUCUCUUGGCAUUUGAGUUCAUUCAACAGUACGAAUGGAUCAAUAAAUUCAGACCUUGUUCCUUGGGCUUGAUAAAUGUACCAAUUGGCUAUUCUACUACUGCUGUUAAUCUCUGAAUAAGUGGUGAGAGGAAGGUAUUUUAGAUGAUUUAAUUGUCAAAAUGAUGUCAUAUGAUGCAACUGUUUUUCUUGGUCUGGAGGUGUACUUGCUUGUGCUCUUGAAAAUAGUCCACUGGGCCGUUGUGUUGUCUUGAAACGUGGGUUGUGGAUAAUAUGUGAAGAUUUGGUCUCUACAUGCUUAAGAAACUACCCAACUUUGAAGGUAACUCCAUGUUUAAGCAUGCCUUUGAUUUGAUUCAAAGAAUUUUGCAACUUGCCCAUGUUCAUAUUAUGAAACUUAGGAUUCUAGAGUCCAGGUGCUGCUCUCCCAUUACAGCAUCUUGUCUGAAGUACAUCAGCACCGUGCUUCUGUUCAGAGAUUUAUGAUAUGACAAUAUUCAUGCAUAGGCAAAAAAACAUAUUUCUUGAGGAUAGACUCACAAUAUGAGUGAUUCUUUUUCCUGCUCACCCUCAAAUUUUGCCGUGCAAAAUGAAUACUUUAUUUGGACUGCCACUGUCUUCAAUUUGCUUGUUUAGAAUGGCAGAUGGGGGGGAUAAAAAAUGCUGCUUAAGGUCUCAGAAGUGUUCAUUUUAA